CCUUGAUAAACGUCAGAAAAAUAUCUAAGCUUGAAUGCUUGAUAGCGUUUGUUCUAUUAUUUUGAAUCAAAUUCUAAUCAAAUCAAAGUAAUUGAGUCAAUUGCUUCGAUUAAGUGGAAUUGGUUAUUUGGCAUUAACUCCUAACUAAGUGUUAGUGCUGUGUGAAAAAUGUUGGAAUGUGAGAUGUUUGUAUGAAAUUUGACAUGUACUUAUGUUGGAAGAUUCCUAAAUAGACCUUUGAUGUCGGGGCCGAGUGUAAAAAUAACAUUGGAUUGUCGCAAGCAGACGGGUGGUUGAGUCUAAUCCGACCUGCUUCCUUCCAGCAAUGGCUCGGAAGAUUAUAUUGUAUAUGUCUCUAGUGCUACUGGGUAUUCAUGGGACGACGGUAAAGACCUAUGCUGCACCACCAUCGGAUGAUAACCUACCACCUCGCCCCAAGGAGGGUGGGGUUGAAACGAGAUAUUGCGAAUUCUAUAAUAACUCGCUACCACAAAAUUGUGGUUCACAAAAUAAGACAUGUCCCCCAGCACCGGUUAUAAGAGAGGAAUGCCAGCCUAUAGAGGCGGAUAAAAGCAAUCACUGCUUCGUUUUAUGGUACUACGACAACACAACAAAUACGGUCACGGUCAAGGUCAAAGGUUGCUUCCUUGACACCGUGGCCUGCAAUGAUAGGGCUUCAAACUGCAGAAUCCACAAUCAGAAGCUUCCCCUUCUCCACUGCUGCUGCGAGGGUGACAUGUGCAAUGAAAACGCAACCUUUCCAGGACUAGAAGCUGGAAUGUCAUCGCAAACAGAACUACCGCCAGAGAGAGUACCGGCGUCUCCUUUGCCAACAGCAGACGAUGAUACAAGAGCUGUCAUAGCAUACACACUAACGCCCUUAUUUCUGCUAUUCGCUGUGCUGGUGGCAUGUUAUCUAUUGUAUAGGAAACGUAAAGGCAGCUCGUUCGCUGAGCUCGGGAACGGUGAGGCGUCGUUAUCAAGACCGCCAUCCGCAUCAGCGGGGAUGGAGAACGAGACGGGUAUACUUCUGGGUCAGAUAACGCUAUGUGAGGUGCGGGCGAGGGGUAGGUUCGGGGCGGUUUGGAGAGCAAAACUUGGCCAGCGUGAUGUAGCGGUGAAGGUAUUCCCGCUCCAGGACAAGCAAUCCUGGCUGGCGGAACAAGAAAUAUACAGACUCCCACGUAUGGACCAUCAAGACAUAUUACAUUAUAUCGGAGUCGACAAGAAGGGAGAUAAUCUGCAAGCUGAAUAUUGGCUUAUAACGGCCUAUCAUGAAAAGGGUUCUCUUUGCGACUACCUCAAAAGCCACACAUUAUCAUGGAAUGAGGCGUGGCGCGUCGCCGCAUGUGUGGCGCGAGGGUUGGCACACUUACACGAGGAAGAGGGAGGGAAACCCGCCAUAGCACAUCGUGACUUCAAAUCCAAAAAUGUCUUACUGAAGAACGAUUUAAGUGCCUGCAUCGCUGACUUCGGCUUAGCUUUGGUGUUUGUAGCUGGGCAUGGUUGCGGUGACGCGCACGGCCAAGUCGGUACGAGACGUUACAUGGCGCCGGAAGUGCUUGAUGGGGCGAUCAAUUUCACAAAGGACGCCUUCCUUAGGAUAGAUAUGUAUGCGUGUGCGCUUGUCCUGUGGGAGAUCGCGUCACGUUGUAGCGACAGCGGCGUAGAACCGACAGCCCAGUACCGUCUACCACUGGAGGAGGAAGUGGGUUCGCAUCCCGGACUGGAAGAAAUGCAAGAGGCUGUAGUCCAACGUAAAUUACGACCACAUAUUCAACCUCAGUGGAGAGACCACCCGGGUCUGUCAGUGCUGUGUGAUACGAUGGAAGAAUGCUGGGAUCAUGAUGCUGAAGCUCGUCUAUCAGCUUCCUGCGUGCUGGAAAGGAUCGCGGCCCAGCAACCGGCACAACCGACACCUCAGACACCAGACACAACCCCGCUAUUGAUACACGAGCUGACCUGCUGACCAGCCACCGAGGACCUGCCGCUCAUACAGUUUUGAUAAUGAGCGGGACCAGAACAAUCUGGACUCUAACAUGCAUAAAGAAUAUUCUACCAGGCGUACGCGUUUCGAUUCUACUCGCCAAUUUAUAUUGGACUAUAGUCGAUUUGGUGAUUCUACGAAGAAGAAGGAACUUCUGAACAUUUAAUCAUUUGUGCGAGUUCAACAUAUUUCGGCCUAAUCGGUCCGUGUGAGAAAUUUUAACUAUUACGAUAAAAUUUAUAUGUACACCAGUGCCCUUCAAACCUCACAACAAACGUUCGUUUCGUUGAAAUUAGCCUGAAUUGUGAUCUUUAGUACAGUUAAUAAAAAGAAAGUAUUGAUAGCAUACAAGUAAUAAUUAAUUGCCAAUUUAUUUAUUGUAAAUAUGACUGUCGUAGUUUUAUCUCGCAUUUACGUGGACACGAAACAAAUACAUAAUUAAUUAUGUUUUAAUAUAGACAAGUACAGAUUGUUAGCAUAUUAUUAGAGGUAUGGUCGGUGUUAAGGGGUUUAUAUAAGGUUGCUAGUGAAAUUGUAAUACAUUAAAUCGUAUCAGUCUUAUCUCAUAGACAAGUAUGGAUAACGAGCGUGGAAAGUGAAUUUCUGUUAUAGUUAGUACUAGACUAUAUGUACAAAGCUUUUGUUAUCAUAUUAUGUGUAUUUUUUAUGUAAAUUUUGUUUAAAAUAUUGUCUAGUUUAUUCGUCGCUUAGAAUUAAUGGAGUUAUAAUUUUUGUCCAUCCUUAGUUGAGACUGGUUGGUGUUCGUUGGAUUCUUGCCUUAUUUCUGUGUUGGCUGUCAGUCUGUUAGAGAACGCGUCGAUAUCGGAGCUAGGGUUGCCACCGUGUAUAUAAUAUAUUGUGUGAAAGGUGAUUAUGAUAAGAAAUGUCCACGUGUUAAAUGUAUUUUUUUAAGUCUUCUCCGAGUCACAGUUUAAGUAAAAUUUAGGUUAAAAAAAAAUCAAUAUCUGAUAUAGAGUAUCAUAAAAUGUGAUUUUAUAUGCAUAUUGUGAAAAAAAAAUAUCAAUAGGAAAUACGGUUUGUUUUCCUAAUCAGCAUAUCACCACGCAUAGACUAAGGGUUGCCAAAUGUAAAUAGAUUAGUUAUAGACGGUUCUUGUAUAGGUUAGAUAGGGCUAGACGAUGGCGGAUCCGGCUCACGAGCCAAAGAGGUUAAACAGUUUUGAUCUAGUCAGACCGACCUCCGAUUUGUUUGUAAUUAGAACGGAAAUUUAAAAAAAAAAACUAUCACCAUUGCGGUGUCUGUGAGUCAAAAUUAUUUGUCAUAUAAAGAUUUAAUGUUCAUUAAACAGGUGAGAUUAAAUUAAACGCAAAACUUCACGCGUCAUGAACCGCUGGAUCCGACAUUGGCAUUAAGCUGUGGGCACACGCGGAUGGCCUAAUUGUUGAUUUUUAAUAUUGCGUAAUGAGAUAUUUUUUGACUUAAUUUUCGUCGUCCUUCCUUUUUAUUGAAGGACAUUUGUAGGGUUUAUGUAUAUUAUUGUUUUAGCUUAAAGCAAUCAUGAGAGCUUCAGAAUAUUUACUAAAUAUUAUUCAAUAAUGUGAAUUAGUAGAAAGCUAACUAUUAUGUCAAUUUCGUUGAUGUUAUUGUUAAAAUUGUAUGUUGAAAUAUUUUGUGUAUGGCAACACAGCAAAUAACUUAGGUUUUAUUAGGUGUUCGAGUGUCUUAACGUCUUAGUUAAUAUUAAAUAGCUCGUACGAUGUAAACGUUUGUUCUGCCCAGUUGUGUCCACAGCUUUAUUAUAGUUAUAUUAAGAGGUAGUAGCAAGCCAGUUAGAUGAUCUAGAUUCUCGGAUAGCAGUCGACGAUUGUCAUUCUUAUUUUUUAUUAUACAUUAACAAAUAUAAAUGUCUGUUGGAACUUGAUGUACUAAAAUAUAUUUUCUAGACAUAUUUAGAA